GAAAUGGAUAAAGCAGGCCACAAAUUGAAGACAGCGACAGGAGAAGCAAUCAAUCGUUUUGGACAAGUGCCGGUUAUUGGUGGACUUGCAAUGGGAGCCGCAGGCAAAAUUUCUGGAAGCGAAAUCGGUGGCGACUUGUUAGGUCAAUUGCAACAAGGAGACCUUCUAGCUCGCGCCUCCAAGGAGUUCAAAGCCCAACUAGCGCCGUUGACGAGUGCGAAAGCGAAUCAGAAUUAUGCUAGAAAAAGUCCAGGACCACGUCCAUUUCAGCUUUUUUAGUAAUUUACUAUUUAAAAAAAAAGGUUCUCGUCCUCAUCCACCUCCAGAUUGUUGAUGUAUCGUUGUCAUAAUCAUGAAUCGUUCCCUCUUCUAACGCCUAUUCCACGAGCAGACAGAGGAGUUGAAAAAGCAAGCGCAUGGAGCGACGGAGGACCUUUUAAAGCACAUCGACAAACGCAUCGUCUUGACGGAAGCGCGCGUGAAACGCUACGUACAACAAACUGAGGACUCUUUAACCAAGCGUCCAGAAGGCUUGAUCCCUGAACUGCAAGACAUGAUGAAAGAUCUCGCAAAACAGAAGAAACGCUACGAAAAGCAGUUUUCAAAGUUAUUUGGAGCAGGCACGGC